UCACUAAACAGUUUAGGUUUUGUCAUGGAAUGAUUAUCACAAUUCAUCAUACCCUUUCAGGGUUCACGGUUGUCACAAACGCACUUGUAAAAGCAGGAGGUCAGUCUAUCACUGAUGACCUAAAGAAGGCAUGGCCGAAGAAGACUGAUAGCGUGGUGUUCACAGACGCAGGGAAACUUGCAAGCAAGAAGGUUGCCCACAUGGUCCUACCAAAUGCCUCGGAAUUGAAGGACGCAGUAAUUUCCUGUCUGAAAACAGCCGACAAACUUGGCAUGAAGUCAAUAUCAUUCCCAGCAAUAGGAACAGGUGGUUUCAUGUCACAAGCUGAAAGUGCACGGGGAAUCUAUAGUGGAGUCCAAGAAUUCGGUUCAACACUAAAACCUCAGAACAUAAAACUUGUGCGAGUUACGAUCUAUGAUGCUAAAAUGCUGGGGACGUUCCUUUCAACUAUGCAUCAGUUCUCAAGUGCCGGCCCUGUACCUGCAGCACAGGGUGCAUCAACUGGCCAGUUCGGAUCUGUUGCCGUGCAGAUUCAGCAGGGGGACCUGACCAAGGAGACAACAGACGCGGUAGUUAACCCUGUUGACAGCGAUGGAGGGUUCUUUGCAGUUGGAAAUGCACUUGAGCAAGCUGGUGGCGCAGCGGUAAGAACAGUCUGCAAAAAUUCCUGGAAUCAGAGACUGAAUGACGUGCUUGUGAAAGAUGGUGGCAAUCUGAAGUGUAAGAAAAUCAUCCACAUAGUGUGUCCUAAGGCAAAUGCAAUGAAAGGGAGGGUGCUGGAGUGUCUGUUGCAGGCAGAGAGAAACGGGCUUACAUCUGUGGCCUUCCCGGCCAUCGGAACAGGUGGGUUUGGCGUGAGCACUACGGACGCUGCUAGGGAAACAGUCCAAGCGAUAAGAGACUUUGCCGUGACGCAUAACCCAGGAAGUGUGAAGCUCGUACGUGUGACGGUCUUUCAGGCCUCAAUGGUUGCAGAGUUUCAGCAAGCACUGCAAGCUGCACUUCCGAAGACCCCGUCUUCCCCGGUGGCAGGAGCAGCGACAACAGCAGUAGCAGUGGCGCCAGUUGUAACACCCGUUGUGAAAAUCGCACCCAACAUAGGCGUUGAACAAGUCGUUGAAGUAACGUUCUUUGGCUGUAACCAACUGGACCUGGACAACGCCAAGAGAGAAGUUUCUCAAGCCAUCGGCAGCUACAUGACGAAGGAGCGCGUGAGUGACGAUCGUCUAAAGUCGACUGUCCGACUCUUACAACAAAGCGAGAAGGACAGCAUCAUUCAAAUGGGGACGGAGCAGCUCGUGCUUGUGACCAUCACAGGUUAUACUAUUGAGGCAGUGGGACUGACGGAUGAUGUUGGAGUAGUGCUCAGGGAAAUCGAAUACUUUUUACGUGAAAAGAAGACAGCUUAUGACGCAGAGGAACUGAAGAAAGACGUGAUUAAGGUUCCUGACCACUGGGCCACGCCGCCAUCUGGGACCACGGGGGCGCACAUCGUCAGUCUGCAGCAAACGUCACCAGAGUACAAGGACGUGGAGAAAAACUUUCUCGCCAGCGUCGCGUCCAGUCCUCAAAUUGUAUCCAUCUCCAGGGUACAAAAUGAGGCCAAGUACAAAGCCUACAUGUUAGAGUUAAAGGAGAGAGAGAAGAGACUCGGAACAAGCACAAUAGAGAAAGUCCUGUACCACGGAACAGCACAAGGUGUGGUGGAUAACAUCAAUGAAGGAGGAUUCAACAGGAGCUAUUGCGGGAAAAACGCUACGGCCUACGGAAAGGGGAUGUACUUUGCGAGAGACGCAAGUUACUCCGCCCAACCAGCCUACUCGCCUCCCGACCCACAGGGCAACAAGUAUAUCUACCAGGUCCGAGUCAUCGUGGGGGAAUACACUACAGGGUCGUCUGGCAUAGUAGAACCGCCGCCAAAGAACCCGUUAAAUGUAGCAAUUCGAUACGACUCAGUCGUCAACAAUGUACAAAAUCCUAGCAUUUUUGUCGUGUUUCGUGACAACGAGGCAUAUCCAGAGUACCUAAUCGUGUUCAAAUAAGUUUUGAACCUGAUUUGCCAUCAACGAGCUUUGGUUAUGUAUGAUACUCAAUUUCUACCUCGACUAAUGCAAAGGCGGUUACGUAUCACAAUUGUGUACAAUAUAUGUUAAUCUCGUCGAACAUUGUACAUAUCUUAUUGAAUACAUAUUGCGUUGAUUUUAUAUUAGGAGUUAAGAACUGUCUGUAAAAUCUGGUGCAACUCAGUUUUUGCUGCAAUGGCCAAUGCCGAUUUGUUAUGUUGCUUUUGGUCAAUAGACCAGUCACUACUAUUUCUACUAUCACUGAUAUCUUAAAUAUGAAAUAAAAACAGUAAAAUUGUAUUGAUCGAUGGACACAUAAAAAAUGCAGUCACAAACGUUAUUUUCUAUCUUAGAUACCCUUUACGGCAACGAUUAUGUCUCAAAUAGCUGAUGCAAAU